AUGUCGUCUGCAGCAGCAGCCGCAGCAGCACCUGUUGCUGCUGCACCGGCACUUGCCACAAUUGGCAUUCUGUCCAUUGGGGGCAUGGGUCUCGGCAUAGCCAAGUUGCUGCGCGUCCACGGCUUCGCGGUGGCGACCAACUGCCACGGUAGAAGCGUAGACACGGUCGAGAGAGCAGAGGCGGCUCUUGUGACUCUCUAUCCCACCGACGAGGAGCUCGUCCGCAACUGUGAUGUCAUCCUGUCCGUGGCGCCGCCUCGCGAUGCCACCGAGAUUGCAGCGCGCGUCGUCAGCGUCCUCUCAUCCAGCCCGAGCGCCCGCGCGGCCAGUGCUGCACCUCUCUACUUUGCCGACAUGAACGCCAUCGCGCCCUCGACCGUCCGCGCGAUCGGCCAUCUCUUCACUCCCGUCGGCUCCUCUGUGCGCUUCGUCGACGGCUCCAUCAUCGGAGGCCCGCCGUCCCUGCGCGCCGAUGGCUCCUGGAGCGCCCCGGUCCUGUACACCUCCGGGCCGCACCGUCUCGAGGACGUCCCCGGCGGCUGGGGCGCGCGCCUGUCCGAGGUCCUCCGCGUGCGGCACAUCGCCGACGAUGUCGGCGCGGCCAGCGGCCUCAAGAUGUGCUUCGCGUCGCUCAGCAAGGGCUACACGGCCGUCGCCGUGCAGGCGUACACGAGCGCGCGGGCCAUGGGCGUGCUCGGGGAGCUCCGAACGGUGCUGGGCGAGGUCGCGCCGCAGCGCGCGGCGGAGACGGAGGGGGGGCUGGUCGGCAUGGCGCCCAAGGCGUACCGCUGGGUGCGCGAGAUGGAGGAGAUUAGCAAGACGCACGCCGAGGAGGGCGGAUUCGCGCCGGAGCUGUUCAUCGGCGCCGCGGGCGUGUACCGCGCAGUCGCGGAGGACACAGUGCUCGGGGAGGAGAGGAUCGGGCAUAGGAGGAGGGGAACGACCGCAGAGGACAUUGCAGUGGCCAUGGUGGAGGGUCUAGGCAAGAAGCGAGAGGCGGGUGAGUGA